AUGAGAAGAAUCGCGAGAUUAAUUGUGCUCACCGUGGCAUUGGAACUUGUAUGGGGGCAAUGUACUGUCAACCUGAGAACCGAUUUGGUAUCCCCUGAACCGGUAUUCUUCCGCACGGCAACUCAGCUGUGGUCCCCCGAUGGACCCUCCUUGGUAUGGAGUGCUGGCGAAACUACUACCAUAUCUUGCCAAACAGGAACACUCACAGGAUUUGGUGUUAGUACUGCAUCACUCACGUGCCAAUCGGGGACUACGUUUACAAUUGGUGGAACAUCAGUGAGCUCAUCUGCCUUGACAUGCUCUCAACGUAUAACUGGACAACUUACGUCUACUACUACAUCGUGUGGUGCUGGCGCUGGUCAGCUAAGGGACAUCGGUUUCUUGAAUCCUAGUAAUCAGUUAGUCACAUACAUCCAAUCAUGUUACAACGUCAACACGGCAUCCGUUAUCUACACUAGACACAUAAUUCCGGGCCGAGCGAUCAACCAUGCCAUCCAGGAAUCAUACCGUCCAUCGUUCAAAGUAACAGGAACUGCAUCGCAUGUAAGUCCGGCAACCUCAUAUACCACAGCUUCACAAUCCACUCGGCUGGCAACUUUAUUGGGUUCACAAGCGCAGGCUGAUCAGUUCAUCACCACCAGUUCGUACAUGUCGCGUGGUCAUCUGGCUCCUGAUGCUGAUGGUAUCUUCCGCUCGUGGCAAUGGGCUACCUAUUUCUAUGUUAACGUGGCUCCACAAUGGCAGGUUGUCAAUGCCGGUAAUUGGUUAACUGUAGAGGGAGCUACUCGUAACAUUGCGGGCCGUUUACUCGAAGAUGUAUUGGUGUUCAAUGGUUGCCACGAUAUCAUGACCUUGCCACAUGUAAACGGACAGCAGGUUCCCAUCACUUUGGAAGCUGGUGGCAUCCAGGCUCCUAAAUGGUACUGGAAGAUUAUUAAAUCACCGAGUACCAAUUCCGGCAUCGCAUUGAUCACCAACAACGAUCCUUUCCGUACCAGUAUGCCAGCUUCGGAGAUGCUAUGCCAAGAUGUGUGCAGCACAUACGGAUGGGGUAAUUCUAACUACGGUAAUUUCGCCCGUGGUUAUACGUACUGUUGCACUGUCGCUGCGCUCAUGAGUGCAAUUCCCGCAAUUCCUGCUGAAGCGGCCGUGGCAAAUGUACUGCGAUACUAACCUAAAUGUGAAUUAAUGA